GGUUACUUUGGCCUAAAACAAAAUUUCCAAUUCUGUUUCUAGGGUUUUAGUGUUAAACCCCUAAAACCCUGACCGCCAUUCUUGCUCAUCUGCUCUUUCUGAGCUUCAAUAAUGUCAGUUUUAGACAACGUGAAGGACAUGUACGAUGUCAAAUUGAAGCCACGUAUGCUCAGAACCCUCAUCAGAGAACAGUUUCCCGACGAAAAUCAUCCCGGUCGGCUCCCCCCCGAGCUCACAAAACUCAUCUCCCUCCUCCGAACUCACGAACUCUUAUCGGAAUCUUUCAAUGACUCAGUCGAUAAGACGCUUAAAGAGAGCUGGAAAUCUGCCGUCGAUGAUUGGCUCCACGCCGUGCUUAGCCUUGUUUCCUCCAAUAUGUCUAAUAAAUGUUGGACAGGAAUUUGUUUGCUUGGGGUGACUUGUCAAGAAUGUGCAGUUGACCGUUUGUUGGCAUCGUUCUCAGUUUGGUUCAACAGUAUUUACUCACACAUUCAGCCACCAGCAGAAUCUCAGUUUGUUAAGGUGGCUUCUCUUAACGCAAUGUCAGAUCUAUUCUCAAGAUUGGAUGCAUUACCAAAUGCAAAGAGAGAUGGGAGUUCCCUUGCUGGUAAACUUAUUCAACCACUUCUGAAGUUUUUAAAUGAAGAUGAUUCAGAAGCCAUCUGGGAAGCAGCAGUUCAUUUGUUAUGUACAAUAUUAACUUCCUUUCCAGCUUCUGUUCAUCGCUAUCAUGACAAUGCUGAAGUUGCCAUUGUGUCAAAACUUUUUUCAGGAAGCUGCAGUUUCAAGAUGAUGAAGAAACUGGCUUAUUGUCUAGCAUUACUCCCAAAAUCAAAAGGGGACGAUGAUAGCUGGUGCUCGAUGAUUCAAAAGAUCUUGUUAUUGAUAAAUGUUCACCUAAAUGAUUUCUUCGACGGUUUUGAAGAAGAAACUAAAGGUAGUGAAGCUGUUAGAGCAUUGGUUUCACCAGGAAAAGAUCCCCCACCUCCCUUAGGAGGUUAUACAUUGUUAGGUGAAGCCUUAGACAAGGCAACAAAGCAAUUACCAAUAUCCACCAUCUCUGUGCUGAUACUGUCCUGUUGUAUAAUGCUGACAAGCCCAUAUCCUGUUCAGGUGACCGUUCCUAUUGUCCCAUUAUUAGCCCUUGUUCAUCGGGUGAUCAUGGUGGAUGGCUCUGUUCCACGUGCUGCAUUGCCCUUUAUGACUGGAAUGCAGCAAGAAUUUGUUUGUUCAGAACUUCCAUUACUGCACUUGUAUAGUUUGCAGUUACUAACUGCAAUCAUUGAGGGCACACGCAGUCAACUAUUACCACAUGCUGCCUAUAUUGUGCGACUUGUCAAACAGUAUUUUAAAAGAUGUACACUGCCAGAGUUAAGGAUAAAGCUAUAUUCAGUCACAAAAUCAAUGGUGAUAUCUAUGGGUGUUGGAAUGGCACUAUACCUUGGACAGGAAGUAGCUGACAAUGCAUAUGCUGAUUUGAAUCCGGUUGAUGAUGACAGUAGCUUCACAGUUUCUAUUCCAAAUUUGAAAGCUGCUUCUUAUGCAGUGAUGCAAUCUAGUAGUAGGAAAAGGAAGCAUGGUAUCACUGAAUCUUUUGAGCAGCAAAAUGACAAAAUUGGUUUUGAAGUGGAAGCACUGAAAAACCGCCAACAAUCUCCGAUAGGUCUGAAGAUAGCCGCACUUGAGGCAAUAGAAGUUCUUCUAAAUGUGGGUGGUGGUUUGAGAUCAGAGUCCUGGCGACCAACUCUGGAUUUUCUUUUGAUUUCCUUAGCAACCAAUUGUUGUAAAGAGGGGUGGGGUAAUGAGAAGAGUACUUCCUCUCCCAAUGGUCCAACCUUCACUUUGGCAGAUUUGCAGCUUUCAGCAUUGAGUGCACUUUUGGCAUCUCUUCUUUCCCCGUCUCGUGGACGACCCCUGUAUUUGGCCCAGGCCCUCGAGCUUUUCCGCAGAGGAAAACAAGCUGGAACAAAGGUCGCUGGAUUUUGUGCCCAUGCUCUUUUAGCCUUGGAGGUGCUUGUACAUCCUAGGGGCCUUCCAAUGGAACGUGUUCCCACUUCAAAUUAUAACUCCUUUGAUAAAGUUAAAAACAGAUUUCCGGAAAAUGUAUAUGUGGGCGGUCAGAAGCACAACACUCAAGGUCCUCCUGAUUCAGAUGAUGACGACGACUUGUAUGUCAAAUGGGUAAGCAGUGAUACUGGUAAGGCUCCAGUGCUCGGCCCUAGUAAGAAAAUGAAAGACAUUCCUUCGGAAACCUUAGGAGCUUGCUUGACAGGAAAUCUAUCUGCGGCUGGCUCAUCUGGUACCAAAAUCUCAGAGCAAAGCAAAGAAGAUGAAGUAAUGGUCGAGUCGCAUCAACUUCAAGAAUCCAUUGGGCAGUUUCAGGAACAUGUCACUGGUGAUGUUAAAGACCCUGAAUUGGGAACCGAGAGAAACGUGGCAGAUAGAAGUUCAGAUGAUAAGGAUCAUGAAGUAGCUUCGACCAAGAAUUUGUUGACAGACAAGCAAGAUGGGUUAGCUAACAGAGUUGAAAACUUUGCCGGAGCAUCUUCUUCUGACAAAGGUAAGUCAUCUGUAUUUGAUUUGGAUGAUGAUUCGUCGAUGGAUUCGUUCCCUGAUAUCGUAACUGGAGAUCCUGAUUCUGAUGUGGGGGAAUUAUGAUGAAAUUUCAAUCAAUUAUUUUGACAGUCUAAAGGAGAUGUUAUCAAUGUAAUUACAUAUAUACUCCAGUUUUGAGUUUUGACACAGAGAAAAGCAUCUCAGAGUGAGGCCUCUUCAGCAAA